ACAGUACAAAUAAUAGUCAAGUAGUUUUCUAUCAUCUACCUAAGUACCUAGCUAGCUACUAGUGAUCAUAGAAAUAAGCUUUUUUUUUUGAGAACUAGAAAUAAGCUAAGAUACAAUAUAAUGAGUACCCUCAAAGCGUUUGAUGGUGCAGUUGUUUUGAGUGUGUUAUGCUUUGGUAUAUUUUGUUUGGUAUGGGUUUGCAAGAAACGCAGCAAAACCUUUGCUCCCACAAAUUGGCCCGUCCUAGGAAUGUUCCCAGGGAUCGCCCAAAAUGCUCACCGUUUCCACGAAUAUGCAACGGAGCUUCUCAGACACAAUGGCGGCACAAUCGAGAUCAAAGGCCCAUGGUUUUCCAACACUAAUUUCAUGCUUCUCACUUGUGACCCGGCCAAUAUCAACCACAUCCUCUCCAAAAACUUCAACAACUACCCAAAGGGUCCCCAAUUCAACAAAAUAUUUCAGAUUCUGGGAGAUGGGAUUAUCAACACUGACUCCCACUUAUGGGAGCUUCACAGGAAGACCACCAUGCCCCUCAUGAACCACGCCAACUUCCGCGCUUCCCUUGAGAGGAACGUCUUGCACAAGAUGGAAAGUGGGCUGUUCCCCGCUCUCGACCAUUACGUUCAAGCGGGAACCUGCUUUGAUUUGCAAGAGCUUUUUCAAAGGAUGGGUUUUGACAUAAGUUGCCAACAGUUUCUAGAUAAGGAUCCCGGUAGCCUCUCCGUUGAGUCACUGGGAGGGGUAGACCAUCCGGUCCGUAAUGCAAUCAGGGAUGGAGUGAACGCUAUUCUCUACAGACAUCUACUCCCGGAAAGGUGUUGGAAGCUACAGAAAUGGUUUACUGGGGUUGAUAGAGAGAAGAAUCUUAGUCAAGCUUGGGAGGCUAUUGAUCAGUUCAUUUACCCAAUCCUUUCGGAGAGGAAAGAUGAGCUCAACAAAAACCAAAAACUACAUGAAGAAGAUUCCGAGGCGGGCAGUUUCAGCAUGCUGACGUCACACAUGGAAGCACACAGGGAAAAGUCCACGCAAUUUCUCAGAGACACCUUUCUGACUUUGAUUGUUGCUGGGGGAGACACCACGGCUUCAGCUCUCACUUGGUUCUUUUUCCUCCUCGCCAAAAACCCAUUGGUUCAAUCAAAAAUCCUUGGAGAGAUCCUUGAACUAAAGCCAAAUAAUCUAGUAAAACAAGACAGGGUUUUUAAGGUAGAAGAAUGUCAGGAGUUGGUGUAUCUCCAUGCUGCCUUUUGUGAAUCUCUGAGGCUAUUCCCUUCCGUGCCUUUUAACCACAAGAUCCCGGUGGAGAAGGAUGUGCUCCCCAGUGGCCACGUUGUCACCCCAAACACCAAAAUAAUAAUCCCAUUUUAUGCAAUGGGGAGGAUUGAAGCCAUAUGGGGUGAAGACUGCUUGGAGUUCAAGCCUGAGAGGUGGAUUUCGCCUAAUGGAGGAAUCAAGCACCAGCCAUCUUACAAGUUUCCAGCUUUCAAUGCUGGACCUAGGACUUGUAUAGGCAAGGAGAUGGCCUUUAUCGUUGUGAAAAUGGUUGCAGCUAACAUAAUAUGCCAUUAUCAGUGGCACCUAGUUGAACCUCAUCGUCCAAUUGUGAUUACGGAUUCGAUUCUUCUUGAGAAGAAACAUGGUUUGAAGAUUAAGGUCACCAAACGCAAGUGACACUAUUAAUUUUCUAUCAAAUAUCAAUUAUAUUUAGUUUAUCAUAUUAUGUGAGUCUUGUGUUAAAAUGCUUGUAUUUUGGAAUAUGUUCGAAUAACAAAUAUAUGCCAGGCAGCAUAAGUAUUCGUUAGAAGCCUGGCCUUAUGUGAAUCUUGUUGUUGACGAAAGUCUGCGCAUAUUUAUUAUGUAAUGAAAGUGUGUUAAAAGGCACGGAAGGGAAUAGCCUCAGAUAUCUCUUCAA